GUUUUUCCUCUUUUUUUUUUAAAAAAAAAAAAGAAAAAAAUAACAAAAAUGACGGAAGAUAUAGCUCGAAAACUAACGCACGCUGAACAGGGUGUAUUACGACCUACAAUGGAUAAUAACGACUCGAACAAUCCAAUGAGGAUCUUUAAUAAUAAUAAUGAAAAAAUGGAAGCUUAUGAUCAAACUGACCUUUCAUUUGAGUCUUUAUCUGAAGCAACUCCUACUUCAACUCAACCUCAUCGUGGUUUAUCUGCCCGUCAUAUUCAAAUGAUUUCACUUGGUGGUUGUAUUGGUACGGGUUUAUUUAUAAAUUCUGGUCAAAAUAUUUCAGAGGCUGGCCCUGCUGGUGCAUUAAUUGCUUAUUGUGUUGUUGGUUUAAUGGUAUUUUGUCUUAUGACAUGUCUUGGUGAAAUGGCAACUUAUAUGCCAGUUCAUGGCUCUUUUAAUCACUACGCUACAAGAUUCGUUGAUCCUUCUUUUGGUUUUGCUCUUGGUUGGAAUUAUUGGCUUUCUGUAAGUUAGGGUAAAAAACAAAAAAUAAUAAUAACUGGUAUUAACUUGAUUUUUUAUUUUAUUUUUUUUUAUUUUUUUUUUCCUUGGAAUUUAGUGGUCUGUAACAAUUGCCACUGAAAUUUCCGCUGCUGCUACAAUUAUUGAUUGGUGGAGACCAGUUAUGCCUGAUCCAGCUUGGUCAACUAUUUUUAUGAUUCUUAUUUUAGGAAUUAAUUUAGUAGGCGUUAGAUUAUAUGGUGAACUUGAAUAUUGGUUUGCUCUUUUAAAGAUCUUGAUUGUACUUGUAUUUGUUAUUAUUG